AUGUCUCUUACCGGAAAAGUUGCCAUCGUUACCGGCGCGGCCCGUGGUAUCGGUGCAGGCAUUGCCCUGAGGCUAGCACAGGAAGGAGCAAGAGUUGCUAUCACCUACGCCACUCCCUCCUCGGGCCCCAAGGCAGUAGCGCUGGUUUCUCGGAUUUCCGAACUCGGCAGCUCGGCGAUCGCAAUCCUAGCUGACCUCGCCAACGCAACCGCACCAGGAGAGAUCGUUGGCAAAACUCUAUCUGGAUUUGGGGUUGACCACAUUGACAUCCUCGUCAACAAUGCCGGCGUGGCAGAUGUCCAUCCCGUCGAAGAGGUCACUCGAGACAUGUAUGAUCAUGUAUUCGACAUUAAUACUCGCCCCGUUUUCUUCAUGACGCAGGCUGUCCUACCGAACAUCUCCAAAGGGGGGAGGAUCAUCCAUGUGUCAUCGACAAAUGCUAGGACUGGUAUGCCUGGCACUGCAGUGUAUGCCGCUAGCAAGGUUGCCGUCGAGGCUUUCACACGGGUCAUGGCUGCUGAAUUCGGCCCCAAGUAUGGGGUGACAGUCACCGCAGUGAAUCCCGGUCCCGUCGCCACAGACAUGUAUCUAUCGGCCCCUGAUUCGCUGCGGGACGCCAUGCAUGAGAUGGUUAAGAAUGUGCCUGCUGGAGGACGCAUGGGAACACCCGAGGAUAUCGCCGAUAUCGUGGCCUUCUUGGCGAGCGAAAAGUCGAGGUGGGUAAGCGGGAAUGUGGUCACGGCCAAUGGCGGUAUGGUAAUGAUGUAG